AGUGAACAAGAUGAUAAGAAAGGCGGUUUUCCAGUUAUUGAAAGAAGCAUAAACAAUGAAGAUUUUAGACGAGCAUUCUUUUUUAUAUUAUACAUAAUAUUAGCAUUUUUUGGCACAGGCAAUAUUGCAUCAUUGAAUUCAUUUGAAGUCAGAUGGGUGACUUGCUUCAUAACAUCUUUCCACCCAUUUGUUAUUACAACUCUAAUAUUAUUGAAAACCCUAGCACCAUUCCUCGUUGUUGCUUGUGGUUUUAGAGCGGUGCAAUGUUUGACAAAGGCACCUGUUGGUUAUUUAAAUAUAGUAGUUUUGAUGUAUUCAAACAUAAUGGGAAUUCAUUUGCUGUAUAAAGUGAAGAAUACAGGAAGCUGGUUGGAAAUUGGGACAUCAAUUUCUCACUAUGUUAUUGUUCAAGUAAUCACUCUAUUUAUUGUUUUGAUUAACCAGAUUGCAAGAUUAAUGACUGAUUUUAGUUCAUACAGCUUUGUAAAGAGAUUAUUAAAAACUCGAAAAAAAUACGAAUAAAUAAAAAUAAAACAUACAA